AUGUGUGAACAAGCAGUUUUACUGAGACAGACGAAUAGGCAACCUGAAGCCAGGGAGCGCGAAGAAGGCGGGUUUUGGUCACUGAACACUCUUUCUCGACCCACUUUCACGCGUCGUUCCUCAUAUAUCACAAUUGUAACUUCAUUACCGAAUGGUGCCAUAAAUCAGACGGACUUGGAGCUUGACUUCUCCGAAGCUGAGAUAGAGCGGCUCAUGAACAUGGCCGAGCCAGCCCCUGCUUUAGAGCAUGAGAAUCACAUUCAAUGGCAGUGGGCCGGGCCCCGCAUUCCUUGCUCUGAAGGGGGUGCAACAUUCGAGUCUCGCGAGGACGGUUUAUUAAAGGGGAACCCCUUUGAGGAGGCGUUCAAUCCUUGGAAAACAACGCUGGAGGAUUUCACAAGGAGGUACACCGCACCACAAGCCUUCCAAACUGGUCAAGGAGCGUGUUCAUCGCUCGAGGCAACCGAAUCUGGUUCUGCUACUCUACGCCUGAAGUCCGUGUCGUCUCGCUUGGAUGCUAAUGCGAGCACUCUUGAGCACGCACUGACCCGUCUUCAAGAGACAUUAUCUGCUGAGCGGGUACUUUCCUCCACGAUGACUUCAGUAUUCGAUGACGACAGGGUGGCCCACGACUCGAGGGAGGGAUCAGGCAAAUUGUCCCCCACCUCGACAUAUGUUGACUCAGAGGAUGAAAUCAUGGAGAUCUUGGGACAUCGCGCUGAAAAGCUGCCGUCGUCGGAGCAUGUCCUAGCCAAGCUUUGCAGUACUGCAAUAGAGACAGUCGCCUUAGUAAGAGAAAUGUCGGAGAGUGUUGCGAAGUACGUGAGCCUUCCUUGCCCACUCUCGCAACUGUUCGCUGAGAUGUACCACCUCAAAGACUAG